ACAGUGUCUAGAAUGCUGGAGCGUAGGUGAAAGGACAAAAGCCAGACACAUUUCGACAUGAGGGAUCCACUGACAGAUUGUCCGUAUAAUAAAGUAUACAAGAACCUAAAGGAGUUUUCUCAAAAUGGAGAGAAUUUCUGCAAACAGGUCACAUCUGUUCUUCAGCAAAGCUGUAUCAGCAGUGCCUGGGCCUGGGCCUCAGAGGGAAUGAAAUCCACAGCGGACCUGCAUCAAAAACUUGGCAAAGCAAUUGAAUUGGAAGCAAUAAAACCGACUUAUCAAGUCCUAAAUGUACAAGAGAAGAAGAGAAAAUCACUUGACAAUGAAGUUGAAAAGACAGCAAAUCUUGUCAUUAGCAACUGGAAUCAGCAAAUUAAGGCCAAGAAGAAAUUAAUGGUUAGUACCAAGAAACAUGAAGCACUUUUCCAGCUUGUAGAAAGCUCCAAGCAAUCUACGACUGAGAAGGAGAGGCGGAAGCUCCUCAAUAAACUGACAAAAUCAACUGAGAAGUUGGAAAAGGAAGAUGAAAAUUACUACCAAAAAAACAUGGUGGGUUAUUCUACCAGACUGAAAUGGGAAAACACACUAGAGAACUGCUACCAGAGCAUUCUGGAGCUGGAGAAGGAAAGAAUUCAACUUUUAUGCAAUAACUUAAACCAGUACAGCCAACAUAUUUCUCUUUUUGGCCAAACCCUGACCACAUGCCACACGCAGAUUCACUGUGCCAUCAGCAAGAUUGACAUUGAAAAAGAUAUCCAGGCUGUAAUGGAAGAAACUGCAAUUUUAUCUACAGAAAACAAAUCUGAGUUCCUGUUAACAGAUUACUUUGAAGAAGAUCCUAACAGUGCAAUGGAUAAAGAGAGACGAAAGUCUUUAAUAAAACCAAAAUUAUUGAGACUGCAGAGAGACAUUGAAAAAGCCUCAAAAGACAAGGAAGGCCUGGAACGAAUGCUUAAAACAUACUCCAGCAACUCCUCCUUCUCUGAUGCAAAGAGCCAGAAAGACACAGCAGCGUUAAUGGAUGAGAACAAUUUGAAACUAGACCUUUUGGAAGCAAACUCCUACAAACUGUCAUCAGUGUUAGCAGAACUUGAGCAAAGACCUCAACCCAGCCAUCCUUGCAGUAACUCCAUCUUCAGGUGGAGGGAAAAGGAGCAUACUCAUAGCUAUGUGAAAAUAUCUCGGCCUUUUUUAAUGAAGAGAUUAGAGAGUAUUGUGAGCAAAGCAUCUUCUGGUGGGCAGAGCAAUCCAAGUUCUUCAACUCCAGUCCCUGGUGCAGCCCAGCUCAGCAGCAGACUUUGCAAGGCCUUAUAUUCUUUUCAAGCCAGGCAAGAUGAUGAGUUGAAUUUGGAAAAGGGUGACAUUGUGAUUAUACACGAGAAAAAAGAAGAAGGAUGGUGGUUUGGAUCUUUGAAUGGGAAAAAAGGCCAUUUUCCUGCCGCUUAUGUGGAGGAGUUACCUUCAAAUGCUGGCAACACAGCUACAAAGGCAUAAAACAAGACUCUGAACAUACUACCUUCACACUCUGUAACCAACAAUACAAUGUGGUUCAAAUAAGAAUAAAGUGCUAUUAUCUUUA